AUGCGUUCAACGGUAAAACGUUGUUUAUUAAUUCUUAUAUUAUUCGCUAGUCUGUUUAAUUUAUAUAUUUUAACAAAUAUUUAUUUUAAUCGAACAUCGUUAUCAUCGUCAACAUCAGCUACAUUUAUACUAAAAUCGUUUCAACAACGUCCAACAGAACAAGAAAAAGAAGAAAAUCAACGAGUAAACGUAAAAAAUGCCUUGAAUGAAAAUGAAUUUAUAAUAUUAGAUUGGACGGGUAAAGAACAUAUAUUUAGAGAAGAAGAUUCAAUUUCAUGUGAUUUUUCCUCAAUUUCCGAUUCUUACUGCAUUACCAAAUUUUCUAAUUUAUCCAGUUCCAGACUAAGCCAACGUCUAAUAGCACGAUGUCAAAAAUUAAAAUCGCUCAAGGUCCGUUGGACAGACGAUCAAUCUCGUUUAUCCAUCGCUGAUCUUAUCUCUUAUCAUUCGAUCCAUUUACCAUCAUCACAACUACCAGAACUUGUUCGUACAAAUGAUCGUCAGCAAUACUCAAUGGUCUAUGUUCUUGAAAGUGAAGUACAUUCAUCCGGUGGUAGUGAUUGGCAUGAAAUUGAUUUUCCAAUGUGGUAUAAUUUAAAUCGAUCAUAUCCUGAACCAGCAACCUAUUUUGAUUUAAAUUCAUAUUUAACAGAUUUAUUUCGACCAGUUAAAGUUGAAUUUGAGAAGAAGAAUAGUGUACCUCUCGUAUGGAUUAUAUCAAACUGUAAUGCUUAUAAUGGUCGUCAAUAUUUUAUUCGUGAUCUAAUGCAUUAUAUCAAAGUCGACUCAUAUGGUUCUUGUCUAAACAAUAUUCAUUCUGAUGAUGCUCAAAAUCGUCAAAAAGGCAAUCAUGAACUUUAUUCGAAAUAUAAAUUUGUUAUCUCUAUUGAAAAUUCAAAUUGUGAAGAUUAUGUCACUGAGAAACUCAUUGAUGCAAUUUCAUCAACUUCUAUUCCUAUCGUGGCUAGUCGAUCUAAUAUACCAAAUUAUGAUCGAUUUUUACCAACAAAAUCGUAUAUAAAUAUUUACGAUUAUCAAUCAACAGAAGAAUUUGCCAUGUAUCUCAAUUACUUAGCAAAUAAUAAAACAGCUCACGAUGAAUAUUUGUGGUUUAGAGCAAAAAAGAAAGAGCAAUUACCACAAACAGGAAAUUUAACAGCGAACAUUUUGUAUGCUGAAAAUAUUUUGGGUACCAAUUCAACAAUGAGACGUUGGCUAAUCGAGAAAGAACGAUCGAUAAACAAAUAUUGUAAAGUGGUGGAGUACAUUCACACUACAUACUGGAGUUUAAUUUAUAAACGAAGAAGAUAUAAUCGUCCGUUAGUGGAUGAUAUUUGUUUACCGUCCAAUGAUAUUCAAACAUAUUUUCAAAAGAAAACAAAUAGUAAUAACGCAAAAUAG